AUGCUGCCUGCAAGGAUCAUGAGGAUCCGCCCGACAGUGAUGGGCGCCAAUGGAGGCCGUGGUGUUGGCGCGGUUGAUGGCCAGGUCCUGGGUCUCCCAGUUCAACCCGAGCAGUUCUCGGCGGCUGGGUUGGCCGUGGGGGCAAAGGGCUCGAGGUAUCCAGCGACGCGGCGGAGGGCGGGAACAUGCUGCUGCUUGAGCUCAACUCCGCUGCGGGUUUGGCACUGGACACAGACCGAGUCAUCACCAGGCUUCACCAAGCAGUCAUCGACCCCCACAUACCACCACAUCAGUCACCCAAACCCCGCACCGUCAAGCAUCAAACAAUGCAGCCCUGCAAGGUCCCCCCUCGGUCUCCUGGGUGCCGCCGCUGUCGCCAGCCUCGUGGCCCUCGAUAUGUCAUCGCCCAUCGGUACCGGUGGGUCCCAAGCCUUCCCCACUCGGGCGCCACAAGGUGCAAGGCGAACUGCAGCGCCUUCGGCUCGGCCCCGAGCUUCUGUGCCAUGGCCUGCGACGGCGCCAACGGCUGCUCGAUGA